AUGCAACGCGCAUUAGUUGAAUUUACCAACAGAGCUGAGUUAUCCCAGCACUCAAAGGGUGCGAUACUAGAUGGCGUACCUAGGACCCCUACUCAGGCCGAGUUCCUUAAAUGUAUCGCAAAAUCUUCAGGAUUACGUCUCCUAGGUAUAUAUUUAUCGAUAGAUCGCGGCGUAUUGACAGAACGCUUGUUGGGUAGAAGGGUUGGUUUGUUCCGUUUGUCAUAUAGUUCGCAGCACUGCGAAGCGUGCAACAGAAGCUACAAUACGUGUUCCAUAGACUCCGGUGGUUAUUAUAUGGAGGCUGUGUUGCCGUGUAAGGAUGAUCUUUUAAAGUGUCCCGGUUGUCAUAGUCUUAAAAGGAGAGCCGAUGACACUCCCGACGUGAUUCAAAGGAGAUUAGUGGAAUAUGACGACAUGCGUACAAGCGUAAUGAAUGCCCUCAAAGAGGUUCCUAUCAUGAGUUUUGAGAUAAAGCGUGGUCUAAAGGAUUACAGUUUGCUUAAAGGUGAACUGGAAUCAUUCAUAAAAAAGCAUAUUUAG